AUGCCCAACAUCACGCACGCGCGCACUCGCACUCGCACACGCACUCGCACGCACGCACACGCACUCGCACGCACUCGCUCACAGCACGUGUACGUGUACGAUGUGACGCUGUCGUCAGUUGUGUCCACAGUCGAGCUCCCGACUCCGGUCCUCGACACCGCGUACUCGGCCGAUGGAGCUCAUCUCGCGGCGGCCACGCUCGAAGGAGUGCUCGCGGUCGCCGACGUCUCGCGCCCGGCUGCCGCUCCGGUCGCCUCGCUGAUGGCGCCGGCAGCUGGCGAGGCCAUGUCACAAGUGGCUUAUGCUGGCGAGGCCGCUGCUUUCGUCACCGGGUCGUGGGACGGCUCGCUGGGGAUGUGGGACCCGCGCGUCGGCGUCCGCUCGGCCUCGGCCUCGGCGCCCGGCAAGGUCUAUGCGCUGGAUAUCUCAGGUCACCGCGUCGUCGCUGCCACUGCCGGUCGCCACGUCUACGUCUACGACGUGCGCAACUUUAGCGAGCCGGUUCAGAAGCGCGAAUCGUCGCUCAAGCACCAGACCCGCGCCGUCGCCGCCUCGCCGUCCGGCGACGGCUUUGCUCUCUCCUCCAUCGAGGGCCGCGUCGCCAUCGAGUACUUUGACCCCGAGCCCGCCAUCCAGGCACGCAAGUUUGCCUUCAAAUGCCACCGCGCAAAGCCCGAUCCGGUCAAGGGCACCCCGGCCAUCGCCUAUCCGGUCAACGCCCUCGCCUUCCACCCGACCCACGGCACGCUCGCCACCGGCGGCUGUGACGCCUGCAUCAAUGUGUGGGACCCGGCCCACAAGCGCCGGCUUGCCUCCUUUGGCCCGUUUCAGACUUCGCUCGCCGCCCUCGCCUUCUCGCCCUCGGGCGACGCACUCGCUCUCGCCACCUCGUACACCUUUGAGCUCGGUGAGCGCGACGCCCCGCCCGACGCCAUCUUUGUCAUGCCUGUCACCGACGCAAAGUUCAAGUCACGCGGGCCCAAGGGCAAGAAGAAGUAG